AUGACAAAAACUCUCCUCGCUGACCCUCCCCUCCCGGACUUAACCUUCACCCCCCUCUCCCCGACCUCAGAGCACUUCCUACGGGCGUACACCCUCCUAACAGACUCAGUCGCCCAACUCCGCUCAACCCUAACCCUCUCACUCCUGUACUCGCAACCGCACCUGACGCUGCCACCCACGCUUCUGACGGCAGUCUACCUCCUGCGCACGCAGGAGCACCUCAGCAUGACGGUAAUCCUCUUCGCCGGGUAUGUGAUUGCCGUGCUAUCGGCCUGCGGGUACCUGAGCUAUGGAUACAUCGAACGGGCAGAAUGGAUGGGGAGUCAGAGUGGGCUGGCGGCUACGUUCGGUGGAGACAGGAAAAGGGAGGUCGUGGGCGCGCUCUGGGGAGAGGAGAUCAUUGGAGUUGUGAUUUUUGAGAGGGAGGGUGGCGAUGAGGUUGGGGUGAUCUAUGGGUGGACGGUUAGGUUGAGGUAUAGGGGGAAGGGAGUUGGUAGGGGGUUGUUGGAGAAGGUUGCGGAGGUUUGUGGGGGAAGGGUGAGGUUUGCGGAGGAUCAUGUUCGUAUGUUUCCCCCAUCUUAUCCUGUUUCCGUCUCUCGCCAGCGGGCGAGUAUUAACUGAGAACCAUAGACUCUUACAGACUCCCAAGAAUACCGGCAAUGUUUAACAAAGUCUUUGACAAACGAGAAAUCAGAGCACAAAAAAUGCUGGAGGAUGUUUUGAAAUCA